AUAACACAAAUGUUCUUCAAACUCCAUAACAACACCAUUUUCAUCACUCAUUGUUCUCCUAAAACUUCCACAAAAUACUAAACAUUCAUUCAAUAAUCUUUAUUAUACUUACAAUUAACAAUGGAUCCAUGUCCAUUUGUUCGUUUAAUUAUCGAAUCUUUAGCUUUAAAACUUCCAUUAAUCCCAACUAAAUCAACUUCUCAUCAUGGUAUUCACCCUUCUUCAACACCAUGCUAUGCUAAAAUUAAGCUCAAAAAUUUCCCUACGCAAACAACAAUUCUACCACUUACGCCAAGUUCUGAUAACAACAACUCGUUAUCGCCCCCGGAAACCGCCUCUGUUGCAGCCGAAUUUCACCUCGAUCCGGCUGCAUUACGGCGGUUUUCGGGUAAAUGUAUGACACUGUGUGUGUCUGUGUUUAUUGGACGUAUGGGUAGUCAUGCAUGUGGUGUUACGUCUGGGAAAUUGAUGGGUUCUGUUCAGGUGAAUAUUGAUUUGGGUGGGACCUAUUCGAAGGCGCGUGUGUUUCAAAACGGGUGGAUGAAAUUGGAUAAACCGGUGGCGAUGUUGCAUAUAACGGUUCGAGCUGAACCGGACCCCCGGUUUGUUUUUCAAUUUGGUGGUGAACCGGAGUGUAGCCCGGUGGUUUUUCAAAUUCAAGGAAAUAUAAAACAACCGGUUUUUAGUUGCAAAUUUAAUGCUGACCGAAAUAAUCGUUCACGAUCUCUCCCAACUGAUUUCAACUUAAACAAUAGAGGAUGGAUGAGAACAUUUUCUGGAGAAAGGGAUAGAACAACAAGGGAAAGAAAAGGGUGGAUGAUAAUAAUCUAUGACCUAUCAGGCUCAGCUGUUGCAGCUGCCUCAAUGAUCACACCAUUUGUACCUUCUCCAGGUUCGGACCGCGUGUCGCGGUCAAAUGCAGGAGCAUGGCUAAUCCUCCGGCCCAAUGGGGCUUCCGUUAGCAGCUGGAAGCCCUGGGGCCGGCUCCAGGCGUGGAGAGAAAGAGGACCGGUUGAUGGACUCGGAUACAAAUUCGAGCUUGUUACUAACACUGGACUUACUAGUACUAUACCAAUAGCUGAAGGCACAAUGAGCAUGAAAAAAGGUGGUAAAUUUUGCAUAGACAAUACAAUGAAAGACACUGCAUUGAGCACGAAUUCUCCUAUCCGAGGAUUCGUGAUGGUGUCGAAUGUGGAAGGCGAAGGGAAGAUUAGCGCCCCGAUGGUACAAGUCGGGGUGCAACAUGUCACUUGUAUGGCUGAUGCUGCCCUAUUUAUCGCGCUAUCGGCUGCUAUUGAUCUUAGUAUGGAUGCUUGUAGGCUAUUCUCUCAAAAACUCAGGAAGGAACUUUGCCAUGAUGAUCAAGAAUCAUACUUCUAAAUCCGAUACGGGCGCAACAACAUUUUCAGAGACCUCGAACGACAAGUCUAGCUAGCCCUACUAUUUUUACAUUCAUAUAUAUGCAGUGAUGACCAAAAUGUGAACUCUGGUUUGAGCAUGAAAGAUAUACAUGCCCUUUGCUUUAGAUGAUUUUCAACAGACACACACAUACAUGAUACAUAUUUAUUUAUUCAUUUAGAGUUUAAAUUAUACACGCCGUCAAUGCAAGGAAUCUUAUACUAUCCGGUCAUCUUUACUCA